AUGGACAAUCCAGUGGCUCCUUCUGAGGGAGAUGAGCAGUUUAAAAAUGGGAAAUAUAAAUCUUCAUAUUUGUUCUGGCAAAUCAUGUUUCCAUAUAUUUCUAUUUUAGGAGAUGAGGUUUCUAUAUACUAUGAUCCAAUGAUUGCUAAAUUAGUUGUUUGGGCAGAAGAUCGCCCAGCUGCUUUAAGGAAAUUAAGAUACUGCCUUCAACAAUAUAAUAUCGUCGGACUGAGCACCAAUGUGGAUUUCUUACUGAAUCUCUCAGCCCAUCCAGAGUUUGAGGCUGGGAACGUUCACACUAAUUUUAUCCCUCAACACCACAGUGAGCUCUUUCCACCCAAGCCGUCAAUUUCGAAAGUGACUUUGUGCCAGGCAGCUCUUGGCCUCAUUCUGAAAGAGAAACUGGUGACUGAUACCUUUAGACUCCAGACAGAAGAUAAGUUCUCUCCAUUUGCAUCCAGCAGCGGCAGGAGAAUAAAUAUCCCCUAUGUUAGAAACAUGAUUCUCCUGGAUAAUGAAAAAAGUAAGUGA